AUGCAAAUGACACCGUCACCAGAGGUUAGUAGUCGUGCAUCAAUUUCAUCAUCAACGCCAAACGGCAAAGUUCAAAGACCAUCAUUUUUGCUAUCAGUUAAUGGUCCAUCGGAAGAUUCACCAGACGAACCAAGCACUCCACCAGACAAAUCAAAGUCAUCGCAAUGUUCGUCACUUUCAGAUGGUGAAUCAUUUGAAUGUUUUGGUGAAAAUGAUCAUAUGUCGUCGAAUAUAGAUAACAGUACUGGAACAAUAGUAGUUGACACCGGAGUCGACAUAGAUCAAGCUCCGCAAAUUCAUAACGAUACAGAAAGAAAUUCUAUUGCACGACAUACGUGGGCUAGGACUAGCUUAAGAGGAUUACGUGGAAGUAUGAAACGUCCACUUCCAAUGUCAUCAAAUGCUUUAGCAAACCACCUAUACCGUUCAUCGUCAUUUAAUUCAUCAGGUCGUAGUUCAAACUGUGAUACGACUGAGGAUAUGUACAGUGAUGUUAGUUUAGAAGACGUUCAAGAUUUAAACCAUAAACUUGAGUUAUUGCAGCGACAAGUCACGAAUUUAACAGAUACACAAAUGAAUUCAGAAGAUAAACAUUCACGUGCCAAAACUGAUUAUGCUGUUUUACAAGCAAAAUAUCAUAUGUUAGAAGAGCAAUUGAGAGAAACAGAACUGAGAUAUGAGGAUAGAUUGAGUGAUGAGCAGAAACGUUAUCGUGACUUACAUACACGAAUGGAGCGAGAAACGGAAUUGAAGAAGGAAAAUUAUGAAAUUCGUAUUAAGAAUUUGGAAUCGGAACACAAUGCAUUAAGAGAGGAAAAUAACCGUCUUAGAUCUCAAUGCGAUAAGCAACAUGCUGAAAACUUAGAUACAGCUCGCUAUAACUUAUCAAUCGCCCAAGAGAAUUUAGCGGAAGCGCGAGUACAUGAAAAGAGACUUUUGAGUGAGAAGAAUCAAUCAGAGCAGCUUAUAAUGGAGUUACAUAAGGAAAUUGAGAGAAUCCGAAACGAUACACAAAAUGUCAUGUCAAGCAUGACAAGGCGAUCAAAUUUUCACAAUAUUUCUGCUUCGUCACUAUCACUAGAGUCAAAUGCUUCAUCAGAGCCAUUUAAAGUUGAUGAGUUACAGACCGAACUUGAAAAGUUGAGAAUUGAGAAUCGACAAUUGCGAGAAACGAAUGAGGAACUGCAGGCAAUGCUGUUAAAUAGAAAUAUCGAAGAAGGAAGGAAUCUAUUAAAUGGCGGAACAUCAAACUUAGCUGAUGAGCUGAAGGAAAUGGGCCAAAAUCAGGAUGAUGCACUUAUGAAUUCAUUGACUCAGCUGCAAGAAACUCUACAAGAGAAAGAUGACGAGUGCCGACGACUCAAACGUUACAUUGAUACUAUAUUACUUAAUAUUGUUGAAACUUAUCCUCAUUUGUUAGAAAUCAAAAAUGUUGAACGUUCAUCGACUUGCUAA